UCAGCCGCGGACGCUCGCCACUCCGUCAGCGUUUUCAAAUCCAACUUUCAGUUGCGCUCGCACAGUCGACAAGCUCAGUCGGAUUUCUGGAUUUCGCAAGUUGUUCGCCGUGGAAUACCUGGCGACACGUGAGCUCAUCGGAAGCGGAUCGUUUCGCAACUUGGACGGAAGACGCGUCUCUGCGAUUGCAAAACUACAAUCAUUCGUUGCCGAAUUUGUCGGGAAACAUUGGCUCCGGACGCCGAAACAAGUUGAUAGUUGUGCAGUGAGUGUUGCGGGUUUGACCUUUGUUGUAAACAAUUCCUGUCCUUUGGACGGCGGAACGGAACUGAUUCACGCGGGCGACAGUUCUCGGUGAUGAAAUGUCCAGUGUGAGGGCCGGAAACAGAAGUUGUAGGAAAGUGGAUUAGUUAAUUUAUGUGUGAAAAUUUGGGAGAAUUGUAUCUGUGAUACGAAGGAGAUUAUUAUUGUGUUUAAGUUGCAAGACUAGCAAAAUGGAUUUAUCUUCGCAGCCAUCAAAUGGAAACUAUAUGUUGGGAGGUGCGAAUCUCACUUCCCUUCCGCACGUUAGUCCCGGAAGCGGAGGCGGCGGCAACCUGGCCGGCAUCAAAUCUAUUCUGAAUUCACCGAUCGCGAGUGCCAACUCGUUGCGUGUCGUCCACCAGAAACGUGCGCAGACCCUUCAGAAUUUACAAAAUAUCAGUGGCUCUGCCGUGCCGUACCCUUUUCCGUAUAAUCAUGUCAGUGCAGUGAAUCCACAAUUGAUUGCGAAUUCCGCCGGAGGAAUAAAUGCCGGAAGCGGGAAUGGUGCCGGUGGUGUGGUAAUUGGUGCGACGGGUACUGCGGCCGCUGGAGCGUAUCAACCCCAUCAAAGUCAAUUGCUGCAGCGACAACAGGCCGGAAACGAUCGCGUGCCAAGCCUUUUGAGCGAUGCCGAACUCCUGCCUAAUAACCAGCCGGUGACGGUCCUGGCGGAUCGGUAUCUGCUGCUCAAUCAGAUCCCGGGCAGUUCGUUUUUUGAGUGUGUGGAUUUGAGGAAUGGACAACCUUUUGUUUGUAAGGCCAUCGGCAGUUCCUAUUCAAAAAUCCUAUCAGCCUACUUUCGACUGGAUGGCAACGAGCACGUCAAACCACUCCAUCGAAUUCUCCAAGUGGCUGAUCAAACUUAUAUUUUUCUACCGCCAUCGCAAUAUGGUGAUCUUCAUUCAUUCGUGCGAGAACGGAAGCGACUACGUGAAUCGGAAGCUCGACAACUAUUCCGGCAAAUUUGCCAAACCGUAAAAUCGUGCCAUGAUCAAGGAAUUGUUCUACGUGAUAUCAAGCUGAGGAAGUUCGUGUUCAGUGACCGUAACAGAAAUCACCUAAAGUUCGAGUCGCUGGAAGAUGCUGUCGUCCUUGAUAAUCCUGACGAUGACAUUUUGAAGGAGAAGAUUGGGUGUCCCGCCUAUGUAGCACCAGAAAUACUGAAACCUAAUUCAGAUUUUUCUGGGAAAGCGGCAGACUUAUGGUCACUAGGGGUUGUCCUCUACACUAUGCUGGUUGGAAGAUAUCCGUUCAACGAUCCUGACCACGCCUCGCUAUUUGCAAAAAUCGCUCGCUGUCAAUUCACCAUUCCAGAUUAUCUCUCAUCCAAGGCUCGUUGUCUGAUUAGAUCCCUCCUGCAAAAAGUUCCUAAGCAUCGUCUAACCUCUGAAGACGUGCUCUAUCACCCGUGGCUCCUUGAAGAUGACGAGGCAUCCGGCUCAUCCUACUUGAGCAGCAAUAGCUGGAUCAAUGAUCUCUCGCCAGAUGACCAACGUGUUCCUGAAUUAGACUCUAUGGACUUCACAUGAGAAUAUACCGGAUAUGAUUGCAAUAAUCACAACAAAUCUCUGUCAUGAUGUAAAUUGAAAAAUCCAAUCGAAAAGUGUAAAUUAAAAUUGUGAUGCACGUCCCAAACGACGGUAUAUGUAAUGGAAACAUAGCUGCGCGUCCGAUUUUUCCAAUAAAAUUGUGUAGAAGGGAACAAUAGUUAUUGUUAUUGUUUUCCGCUAUUGUUGUCAGCGUUAUUGUGAUCGCAGUGCUUUCGUGUUGUAGGGAAAAAGGAUCGGAAUCGGGAUGUUUUUCGUCCAGCAACAGAAGCUGAUAAGUUGCUUCCAGUCAAAUGUCGUCGUCGUCAUCGGAGAGUCGUCCUUCGCAAUGGCAGUAGUGUAUCAUCUAUCCGAUGUUGUGAUAGCCCUUUUUGUACAGUUCUCCUUGUAAGUUUAAAAUUCAUUGAAAUAAUUAUGUUUUGAGCAUUUUUGUUGCUCGCAUUCAUAGCUUCUCGAAAUUAUUCUCGCUUUUGAAUUAAAUUUAAAUAAAUUAUAUUAGCAUAAGUGAAUCAUUACACAUUUAUCAGAUAAAAUAGUCUAGUUUCCGUCAAGAAAAUGAUGUUCCCUCUUGUCUAUAGCUUGUUUUGCGAAAAUUACGAACGAAAUAUAUCCAAAUUACGCAAUCUGCUGAUAAUGUCCCCAAGUGCUUGUUGUUAAAAAUUUUAUCAGAAGAGACAGUAAAGAGAGAAAAUAGUUUAUAACUCCAUCCAUACAUCAAGACAUUGUGAUAAAUCAAAUAUUAUAAUAAAUGGAAAAGAUUAU